AUGGAGGUGGAGGGGUGGUGGGAAUGGUGGAGGUGGAGGGGUGGUGGGAAUGGUGGAGGUGGAGGGGGUGGCGGAGGAAAUGGCAAAGGUCACGGAAUGAAUGGAGGAAAUGGAGGUGGUGCAGGAAAUGACAGAGGUCAAGGAACGAGUAGAAGAAAUGGUGGGGGGAGAAGAGGAGGAGGAGGUGGUGGUGGUGGAGGAGGAAAUGGAAGGGAAGGAGACGGUGGCAGUGGCAAUGGUGGAGGAGGCGGAGGCGGUGGAGGAAAUGGCAAAGGUCAAGGAAUGGGUGGUGGUGGUGGUGAUGAUUAUUUGCUCAAAUCCCAAGAUCUGUCCGUUGCUCUGUUGGUAAUUGUAUGGACUUACAUGUCUGUAAGAAGCAUCCCUGCCGAUUCACAAUAA